AUGUAUCCUUUACAAGACAAUAAUGGUAACAGUGAUCACGAAUCUAAUUUUACUGAGUUCAUUAAUGAAACAACUGCGACAACUAUUACUCAUGCGGAAAGUAUUAACUGCGGUAAUCCUUCUUGUUACUGCAAUCGUAGUGACAUUUCCGUGCAACCAACUUUCAAUGACUUUUCAAACAAUAAUUUCAAUAUCUCUCCUAAUAACAAAUAUCAUCAGCAAUCCAUGUCUUCACCUCGGCAAUUCCACUCGCAAUAUAUUGAUCAAAAUCCGCCUCAAACCAAUGUUUUUCCUUCACUUAAUUCACCUGGUAUUGUUAUAAAUUCUCCACAAACGUACGUUAUUAUUAUGCCAGUACCGGUAGCUAAUCCAGAUAUUCGUCAACAAGAUACUUGCUCGAAUUAUUCUAUCACUGAUAGUCAAUUUAGACAAUAA